GCUGUCACAAUGACAGCAUCACAAAACAAAACAAACUCAAGUUGCAAUAAAAUGACAAAAUAAUGUCGAAAAAAUCUCCUAAAACCACUAAAUUUUUAAUGAAAAUGGACAAUAAUAUAUGUAUCGCCAAAUACAACAUCAGAGGGAAAUUUUAUUAUGGUAAGUUUGACUGGAAAGAAAACGAACACGACUUAUUUCACAUAAAAUUGUAUGAUGGAAAUUACUGCUGGACCGGGAGAUUUUCCAAUGAAUUCGCGGAGAUUUUUAGGAAUGAAGUCGAUGAAACUGUAGAACAAUAUCGGGAAAGUGUUAAGGAUUGUCUUUCGCAGAGCAAUAAAAUGUUUGUAUACGAUUUUGUACCUCUUCCCGAUAAUCCGACAUCGGCGACUUUUAGUUGGAAGAAAAAGUUUGAUGGAGAGGUUCUACUGGUUCACGGUUCCGUCCCCGUGCACCAGGACCAGUCGAAGGAAAAUAAAGAUUCACUCAUAGACAUACUACUACAAGAAAACAAAGAUCUCAAACUACAACUUCAAGCCUAUGAUAUGAAUAUUCACAUGUUGAGUACAGAACUGCAGCAGAGCAGGACUGAACUGGAGAAAUUUAUGAACAUGAAGACAUCCCUAGAAAUGUCAGUUUAUGGAAAAUUUGUCCAGUUGUUGAAUACAAAAAAGAGAAGGAUUCAAUUAUUGGAACAAAACCUGCAAGAGCUACAAUCUUGCACUCAAGACAAUGAAUUGGACUGAAAUACCUCAAAUAUAAGUGCCUAUGUUGCAGUUGCUACCUAAAACUAGAAAUGUAAUUUUGUUGAAUUGUGUUUAAAUGAUCAAGUACAAAGUAAUGAUUUGGAAUAAAUUGGUGAUCAGCUAA